AUUCGGCAUGGAAGCGAUGUUUGAGGCGGCGCUGGCCGACGUGCCGGCGACGCAGGUCGUGGGCAUCCUCUGCGCCAGCCUCCUUGCCGUUGCGACCACGCUGACGUGGCUGCUCGUCCUGCGUCCGCACGACCCGACGAUCCCUCCGUGCGUGGUCACGCACACGCUCUCGGACGCGAUGGACCUCGACACGCUUCAGCACCGCUGCUCGCUGCGCGAAAUUGACCGCGAGAUCGACGCCGUGCGCAAGGCCGCGAGCGUGCGGCGACUGGACGCGACCGACCCUCUUCCAGCGACCGAUCUCGCAGGCGACGGCGCGUGCGAAGUCAAGACCAUCCUUGAGAUCGUUCGGCGCGACGGGCCCAACGCGAGCGCGCUACGUCGACCGCUCACGACCAUCGACGAGCUCCUGCGCUACUUCAAGGCGCCCGACACGCGUGACGUGAGCAAGACGUCGGUCGUCUGCAAGGUGCUCCUCAAGCACGACGCCCUCGGCGUCCUCCGCGACUUGGCGGCCACGACCAGCGACCAUGAGAUCCAAGCACUCGCACAGCGUAUUGUCGAGUCGGCGGUCGCGUCGAUUUGGAGCUAG